CCUUUACUUAAACUACCAGUAAUCACAAACUCUUACACGCGCGUUUGACAGUUAAAUUGGGUUUUUCAAGUCUUGCUACUUGCUUGUGUUCUGUAUUCUGUGUUCAUUCGUCGUGAAGGGGACCAGGUUUAAAGAAGACCUUUUUAGGCCAUACUGGUAAGUCUUUCUUGCAAAUUGUUUAAUUGAAAUUGUAAAAGAUAGGUCAAGGCUGCGAAGCAGAUUUGCGAAACAUUUAAUUGACGUUCUUAGUUUUGUAACAUUGGAACUUCUCGGAAAAUAGUCAUCUGGUCAUAUUUGUUGGGAAGGGGGCUUGAUUUUUUUUUGCGCUCGCCUCGUUUAAAGCAACGUUCUUCAUUUCUUUUAUUGAAAACUUUUUCGUGACACAAAUCGUUAGCAAAUUGGCUGCUUGGCGCCAUAUAUUUUAUUGUAUCCUUUGGAAAACACUUCUUUUAUUUUCGUUUAUUAUAAUAACGCAAUUUCAUAUCGCGUUUAUAGGGCGUAGCUCGCGGCAGACCUGAACAUUUCGAGACGGACAUGCAAUUUACGACAUUUGUGAAUUGUGGUAAAAACUUGAAAUAGGGUGCAUAUACAAGCUUAGAGGCGAAACAAGCUGGCUAAGGUUGCAAUUCUGGUUUAGAUAUGGCGUCAUCAAGCUCUGACACUGAGUUCCAGGACUCUCCCGGACGUGACCAAAUUUCCUGGGAGGACCUGUAUAGUUAUCUUUACGGUCACGUGACCUUGAAGCCCUUGGAGCCGCUGGAUCUGAAGGCUAUACGCUGCAAACGGCGCCGGGACAGUGAAUCGAGUAUUGAUGGCACAGUUCCCGUCAAGAGCCCGCGGUCCUCCCCGCCACUGGCGGCUUUCGUGUUCCCGGAUGAAGUUCGCUUGUGCAAGUCGAGCAUCCCUGGGGCCAAGUUUGGGGUCUGUGCAGCUCACCCCAUUCCCCCGGGCACGUGGAUCGGCCCAUUCGAGGGUCAGAUUGUGACGAGGGAGGAGGUCAUCAAAAGAGAACUGGACACUAGUUACAUGUGGGAGAUCUACAAAGAGGGCCGAUUCAGCCAUUACAUCGACGGCAAGGAUGAACAUCUAUCGAGCUGGAUGCGGUUUAUUCAGUGCGCGCGUUAUCAGGAGGAACAGAAUAUGACCGUGUUCCAAUACUGUGGGAACAUCUACUACCGCGCUUACAAGCAUAUCCCUAAGGGACGAGAACUCCGCGUCUGGUACGACGAUAAGUACUCGGAGCUAAUCGAUAUCCCGGCGCUGCUGAAGGGACAAAAAGAUGGCGGUGUGUAUUGGAAAUCGCCGUCAAAUGGUCAUGUCAGGGAUAAUGAGCUGUUCUAUCACAGAGAAAACAGACCGAUCGACGGUGGGAACCCACACAUGACGCAUCACCAGUCAUUGUACCCCGUCGACCUCAAAGACGCCACAGAGCCGAGUAUUUGGCGCUGCGGUCAGUGCAGCCAGACCUUUAGCCAGCGUGUGCUUUUACAGAUGCACAUUUGUUCCCAGGCCCCGGAUAAACCCUAUCAGUGCGGCCACUGCCCGGCCUCGUUCCAAGAAGCCAGUGACUUACGUGAUCACGUGGUCAGUCACAUCAACGAAAAGCCAUUCAAGUGCGGAUUUUGCGGAAGGUCAUUUGCUGGUGCGACGACACUUAACAAUCACAUUCGAACACAUACCGGAGAGAAACCUUUCAAGUGUUUGAAGUGUAACAAGCAGUUUACGCAAUCGACGCAAUUGAGCCGACAUCAGAAAUCGCCAGAAGAGUGUGUAGGGAGUAAAAUAUCAUCCUAACCUCAGAGACGGCCUGAACAAAUCAGAACACUAAAACAGUGCCAUAUUGCCCGUGCAUUAUUGAUGUUCGAAGACUGCGGGAGUUCUAUUUUUUCUUGUAAAUAUAUAAACGUACACGGUGUACGUUUUCGAAUCGCUCAUUCACAAAUUGUAUAGUUUUUAAAGGGUUGUAUAUAGGGAAAGUGCACACACCUUUGCUGUUUCAGACCCAUGCUGGCUUUCCUAAGACUGAGUAGGCUCCAUAUUUACUAUAAAUAGUGUGGGGCAGACAGUUUAGGGCAGUACGAGGAACUAGAGACAAAUAACAUCAACCCUCUUGUUACGGUGAAGGCCCUGUUUGUGUAGUUUGCAUGCUUGCUAUGCAACAGGCUACGUCGGCAGCUGCAAAUCUUGUUUACGCAUGAAUUAUCAGUUUUCCGAAGGCCACGAUAAAAAACCGUGAAUCACAGAAAUCUUACGACGUAACCACCUAAAACUCACGGUGUAGCCACCGAAAUUUCACGAUGUAGCCACGGAAAACUCACGAUGUAACCACGGAAAUCUCUCGAUGUAACAACGGAAAUCUAACGAUGUAACCACGGAAAUCUUACGAUGUAAAACCACUAAAAUCUCAUGUCGUAGUCAAUUUUCAAUUUCACCCCGGCAAGUCUCGCGUUUAGCUGUGUGCUUAUACACCUAUUUCAAGUAAGGUUGCAUUCGACAAUCCGUGUGUCGUAGCCCACAAUGGCUUAUGGGUGACGAAGUAUAAAUGGCUGAAUCCGGCUUUGAAAACCACGUGAAUACUUUGAGAGGCAUAGGGAACAAGAAUGCAACAACUUUCAUAACCUGAAUUAACCUGUAUUUGAUUUUAUUUACGCUUAUUUGCUUAUUCAUUUGAUACCCAUGAAGCAUUGCGGCCUGGGACACAUGGAUACAUACGGCUUAUGGAUAAUACGACGUUUAAAAACUGUUUAGACUGAUUUUAUAAAAUGAUUACAUAGCCUCGGACGGCUUUAUUUCGCUUAGCUUACUAAUUUAUUGCCUUUCGUUCAUAUUAAAACACCAUUAAAUAUGUAUCUUAGAUUUGUUACUGUUAUCGUUAAUGGUUUUAUUUGACUUAUUUAUCCAUGAAUCUGCAUGCCCAAGGCUUCAAACCGGUUAACAUGAAUAACAAAUGUAGGUUCCUUUUUAUGAGCGGAAAACGAGCUGGUUACGCAAGGGCUUUUGAUUCAUUGUUCAACAAAAUUAAGGGUACGUGUUUGCGGCUGAAUUGACCCAAAAGAAAAAGUUGAUUGCUUUAGCACUUUUCAUAUCUCGAUUUUUAUUAAAAACGAUUGGAAUUA